CAAUUAAAUAAUUAAUACUAAAAAAUAGAUAACUCCAAUAUUGCAAUUAUAAAUGCACUCCGACACUGAGUCUUGAGAGUCACAGAGAGACCUUUCAAUAAACAAAAAAUCAUCGUUUUUCUGGUGUGAUAACGGCGAACUUACAUGCUAUAACGAAAAACUCCAAUUUCGAUUGAAUUGCGAAUUUGGGUUUCGAUUUGAUUUAUCAUCACGGGCGAGAGCUGGGAAUUCACCGGUUUCUUCCAUCUGUUUGAGUUGAAUAAGCAACAGCAGAAGAAAGAAGACUGAUAUGAGAAUCGAGAUCUCUUGUAAUACAAUUAUCGUUUUUUGAGUGCUGGGUUUUGUUCCGUUGGCCAAAAUGAUGCUGCAUUAUCAAGACCCUGCAAAAUUGAGGACUAAAAAGAUUGUGUUUGAGGAAGUGUACGGCGCUAGUGAUUCAUGUACACUUGAGCAGUUGAAAGAGUUGAGCUCCAAGCGUAGAUUGAUUGAGGAGUCUAUCAAUGAAAGCACCUCCAUUACUGAGGCCAUUGCAAGGGAAAUGUCUGGAGGCUUAACUUCUCAUUCCCAACAGGUUUUGCAAAAGCUAGAACAGUAUCUACCAUUGUUGGAAAAUUUGAUUUUCCAUGUCAAUUUGGUUAGCAGCAACUGCCAGAUAAGUCAAUGGACGGCAAAUCUUAAGAUACAAUGGAGCAGUGCUCUUUGCUCAUCCUCUUUUUUUAAUCUCAGGAGUCCAAAAUUCUUUCAAAUCGGUGACUUGAAGUUUGAGCUUCAAAUGAUGCUUUUCCUUUAUGGGGCAAUACUUCGGCAAAGGGCAGUGGAAAUUGUGCCAGAAAACCUGGUGCAAUCUGCCACCCUUUUUAGAGAAGCUGCCGGACUUUAUCGUCACCUUGCUGAUGAGAGUUUUGCUUCUUUACAACAACAUUCUUUGCUUGUUGAAAAGCCACCAGAAAUUCUCCCAUCCGUUUCCACAGUCAUGAACCUCAUUUGUUUGGCCGAGGCACAGGCAGUUACUAUAAGGCGGGCUGAAGAAAAAGGUACUAGUAUAAGUCUCUUGGCAAAGCUGCACCAUGGUGUCGCAGAGUUUCUUGAUGAAGCUGCAGUUAUUCUGUAUGCAGCAAUUGGAGAAUGCAAAGAUAUAUCUUCACGCUUUGUGGAAUUCUUAUCAUCUUCCAGGGCAUUACAUAGGUUGAGAGGUCAGAAAUACCAUGCAGAAAGUCUUAAGACCGCUGGAAAAGUUGGGAUUUCGAUUGCUGUUCUUCGAGUUGCACUGACUGAUGGGAAAAGGCAGAUGCCAGGCGAAGAAUCAUGGAAAUCAACAUAUAGAAAGGAAAUUGAUGAUACUGCUGAGUUGCUCAGGAAGAUUGAGCAUGAGAAUGGAUUUGUCUGGGGCGAAAAGGUGCCAUCGGAAGAAGAGUUGCCAUUGUGUGAAGAACCAGAAGACCCUCAUUCCCUUCUUUGCUUUCCACUUCACUCUGCUUCCUUCAAGCCAACUUCCUCAUUCUCAAGCUCCAAAAUUGCAACGCCCAGUUGCAAGUUGGGUGGUGCGGUUUCUGCUGUGGUUUCUCAAGAGAGCGUUACUGGGUCGAGUUCUUCAGGCACUGAUGUGUUCAAACUCACUUACUUGGAGGGGAAUAGUUGGUUGUGGGAGGUGGGUGGGUUGAAAAUAUUGGUUGAUCCAAUUUUGAUGGGAAAUUUGGAUUUUGGAAUACCCUGGCUUUAUGAUGCUGCCAAGAAGUUUCUGAAGAAUUUUUCAGGUACUUUUUUAAGUGAUCUUCCUGAAAUUGAUUGCUUGCUGAGUACACAAAGCCUUGAUGAUCACUGUCAUUUGAAGACUUUAAAGCCCCUCUCUAAGAAGUACCCAAAUCUUAAAGUGUUGGCAACUCCCAAUGCUAAGGAACUGCUCGAUCCCGUUUUCAGGAAUACCACGUAUCUAGAACCUGGUCAGAGCUCUGUUAUUGAAGCAAGUAAUGGUUCUAAAGUCAAAGUCCAAGCUACUGCAGGGCCAAUUCUUGGUCCUCCUUGGCAGCGUCCCGAAAAUGGGUAUCUUGUAACUUCUCCACAAGACCAACUUACUCUCUACUAUGAGCCUCACUGUGUAUACAACAAGCGUUUUCUAGAGAAGGAAAGGGCUGAUAUUGUCAUCACAACAGUUAUAAAGCAGCUUCUACCAAAUUUCAAUUUGGUAUCUGGACAAGAAGAUGCUGUUCAACUCACAAAGCUGCUGAACGCAAAGUUUGUUGUGCCAAUGAAAAACGGAGACCUUGAUAGCAAAGGGCUUCUAGCUAGUCUAAUUCAGGCCGAGGGAACAAUAGGAUCGUUCAAGGAACUUUUGUCAAAGGAAUUACAAGAUGUGCAGGUUUUAGAGCCUACUCCUGGUGUACCAGUGGAAAUCCAAGCACACCUUAAACUCUUCCACACACACAUAUGUAUAUACAUAUAUAUUUGUGGAGUAUAUUACAUACAAAAUAAAGUAGUCUAUUUAAGAAUACGUGUCUCUGCUGUUUUUUCUAUGUACAGUAAAUUAGUAAUCCAAUUUUUCCCGAUCUUGUUUUUUGUGUUUGCAUCACAACAAUAUAACAAGAAGUAA